AUGGCUACAAUGAGAGCAGUUGUCAUUCGAGAAGCAGGUGGCCCAGAGGUCUUGAAGAUAGAGGAACGCCGUAUCCCAACGCCACAGCCCGGUCAAGUCCUCAUCCGCAUCAAAGCCUUCGGCCUUAACCGCUCUGAGCUAUUCACACGACAAGGCCACUCUCCCAAUGUCUCAUUCCCCCGCGUUCUCGGAAUCGAAGCCUCGGGUGUAGUUGAGGCAUGCCCGGGCGGCGAACUCCCCAAAGGCGCCGUCGUCGUCACUGCAAUGGGAGGCUUGGGCCGGGAUUUUGACGGCGGAUAUGCAGAGUACACUUGUGUACCCGUGCAAAACGUCCAGAAAAUUGAGACUGAGCUUCCUUGGGAAACGCUCGGUGCUAUUCCUGAGAUGCUGCAGACGGCGUGGGGCUCCUUGUUCAUCGCAUUGCGGCUGUCCAAGAGCGAUCGUGUACUCAUUCGUGGCGGCACGACCUCCGUGGGUUUGGCUGCCGCUGCGAUAGCCAAGGAUCUCGGUUGUUACGUAGCGGCAACUACUCGGAAGAAGGAAAGCGAAACUCUAUUACUGCGCAACGGCGCCGAUGAGGUAAUAAUUGACGACGGGGACAUUGCCAAGAUCGUGUCGAAGAAAUUUGACAAGGUGCUGGAUCUCAUCGGGACAACAACGCUCAAGGACUCACUUUUGUGUGUGAAGCGAGGUGGAUCUGUUUGUAUGGUGGGCAUCGUUGGGGGACAAUGGACUUUCAGUGACUUUUCGCCAAUGGCCUCCAUACCAACUGGUGUUAAUUUGACGGCUUACAGCGGCGGCCAGGAGGAGUUUGCGGCCACGCCACUGGAAAAGCUUGCGCAGCAGAUCAAGGACGGGAAGCUAAGUGUCCAGAUUGGCAAGGUUUUUAAGAUGGAUGAUAUCGUGGAAGCUCAUCGGACUAUGGACAAUAACACGGCCGGCGGGAAAAUAGUUGUUUUGACAUAG